ACAUUUUUCUAAUUACAAUAUUUUUCUAACCACCUUUGCAACCAAGAUGGUUCAUAAAAAUAAUCAAACUGUCAACUUGCCUUAAUGUUUUCAUAAUUAUAUGUUCAAUUCAACUAAUGUAGUCAUAAUAGUUUAAUUAGGAAUACAGUUUCAAAAGAUAGGUAAGUAGAGUUAGAUUAGAUAGAUAGAUAGAUAGAUAGAUAGAUAGAUAUAAUUUGAACAUGUCUUACUCUCCCGAUUCUCAAGCAUACUUCUUUCUUGUUAAGUUCGCUUAUUAUAUGAAUUAACUUUAUCUGCAAACCUAAAUGCAAAUGAAGCAGGAUACAAUCAUAGAAUGGUACCUUUAUUAAAAAAUCAGUAAAGUUUAAUAUUUGCAGAGUAUGAGUGAACUCAAGAAAACUGUACUGUAUGAAAAUUUGCCUUGCCUUUUAAUGUUCUACAUAAAUCUAACCUAUUAGACAAUGAUAAAUGAUAGCUGUAAUGUUUUAGACAAUGAUAAAUGAUAGCAAAAAUAUUUAUAUUUUUCAGAGAAAAGAAAAUAAGAAAAUAUGGCCAUUUAUAAGAGAUUUGUAGGUUAUGACGUUCUGCCAGCAUAUAAAAUAGACUAAGAAAUAUUAUGUAAAUAAUAACAGCCAGACGCAAGAAAAUCAAAGGAGAUAUUUAACGACAGUUAUCAUUUUUAAUUUGCAAUGGCUUUUGAGGUGUAGGAUAUAUUUUACCAUUCUGAACGUAUAAAAUUUUUUGCUCAUAAAUUCAGUUCCAAAGUUGCAGAACGAAAAACAAAAGGCCUGUUGCGUGCUUGGAGGAACCUAUUGAGCGUUCAGAGCCACGCUGUUUGAAUCAUUUUCCGGGCCGAUUCCAUAUAAGAAUCGAAAGUAAGAUUUCGAUCCUCCUCAUCUAUUGCAUCGCGACCGCGAUCCUUUAAAAGGUUAAAAUGUAAGAUAUGUAGCCAGACAAGUCUUUUUUCACCGAGAAGAAAAGGAAGAUGGCUGACCUUGUAUUUGAGAUAGGAAAUACAACACUACCGGAGAGCUUAAUGGAAACGGGCGGAUGGGAUCGCAGGGAAAGGGUUUAGGGUUUUAGUACAGGCAGCCCACAACAAGGAAGCAGAGCCGGAGUCAACCAUCCGGAUCUGCAACAAUCGGCCGCCGCCGCUACCGCUUUCCUUCGGCUGCAGGAUCAGCUGAGCGCGGCUAUCACGUGGGCGGCGUGUCGAAGGUCACAGCUCGGCUCACAAUGGAGCUUUCGGAGCCUGUGCAAAGCGGCUUACAGAUCCUGGCUGAUCCGGGUAGCUUCUCGCUCCGAGCUUUCCAGGCUCUGCUCCAGGCUGCCUUCCAGAGCUUGCUCAAUGGACAGGCCGAGGAGGCCGUUUUCGAUUACCCAGAUUUGGAAAAUAUUGACCCAGCAAUAUUAAAAUACUGCCACGCAGCAACUACCACUUGUAUAAUAGAAGCUGGAAAGCAAAAAGCUGACCAAUCUAUUAUAAGUACCUAUCUCGAAGACUGUAAACUUGGCAGAGAAAGAAUUGAAAAAUUUUGCACUGAAUAUCAGAAACAUAAGGAUACCUUGGAAAUCAUAUUGGGAAGUAUAGGCAGAUGUCCACUACAUAUAACUGAUGUUUGUUGGCGUUUGGAAUAUCAAAUAAAGACUAAUCAACUUCAUAAAAAUUAUCGCCCUGCCUAUUUGAUGACCUUAAAAGUGGAGAAUAAUGAUUCAAGAUCUCAUCAGGACAUUAAUUUUAGUUGUUCUAUGGAGCAAUUGCAGGAUUUAGUGGGAAAGUUAAAAGAUGCAGCUAAAAGUCUAGAAAGAACAACUCAACUAUAAUUACAGACUUGACAAUCAACUGGAUUGAAGAAGAAAAGAAAAUGCUUGCUUCUUUGACUAUAUGACGAACUUUUUUAUUGGUUUUAUUUAAUGGAACUGUGAUACAUGUUUGACAAAAUAGAAAUUGAUUUUUUAUUUUCUAAAUAACAUUACAAGUUUGUGUGCAAUAAAAACUGUUGAGCUUGUUUAACUGUAGCAUAUCUUUUUAGUUAACUGUAAACUUAAAAUAUCUGCUUGUGUUUCAGUUUUGCCCUUUUCAAAAAAUAUAUCUUUAAUUUUACCAUUUUUUACUUUAUCAUCUAAUAAAUGAGAAUAUAAAUCUGA